UGUAAGUGUUGGGAACUGCAACUGAAAUCUCCAAACAGUAACGUGGGGCUGUUAAUAACAGCUGUCACUUCUGACUAUAGGAGGAUAUAUUACAAUUCUCACUAGGCAAAUGCUAUUUUCUUAAACAGAGUGGGCUCUACAGUGGAAAACCCAGCAAAUCUUGUGUCCAAGGGCACUAUAGCAUCCUGUGCACUGCAGCUUACAAAGGAUCAGUUUGGCACAGUUGGAAGGAGAUUCCUUCAAUAGACAACUCAAGAUUCAUUUAAGAUGAUCUAAAGAUGCAGACACACUAUCGUCAAGCAAUGAAGUUUCCUACAAGCUACAACAAUGCUGUACCUCAUGGACAUUCAACAUCGGUCAGUCCGUCAUCUAAUUUUUCCACAAUGAAUUCAAUUGAUGGGCACUCGGCGUAUAUGGGAUCUUCUCUUAAUGUUCCCAGGUCUAUGAACAUGAAUUCUGUGUGUUCCCCAGGGAAUAAUCUGGGUUCUUCAUACAGAGUAAUCACAUCCUCCAUGGGACCACACUCAAUGUCACCUCCAUCAAUUCUCAAUUAUCCUGUCCAUGACAGUCCACAGAUGAAUGUCAUGAACAACGUAAGCUGUUCUGAAGAUAUUAAACCACCUCCGGGGCUAAGUGGGUUAGGAAGUCCUUGUAUUAACAGCUAUUCCUGCACAAGUCCUGGUGCUUUAACAAAACACAUCUGCGCUAUCUGUGGUGACCGAUCUUCAGGCAAACACUAUGGGGUCUACAGUUGUGAAGGCUGCAAGGGUUUUUUUAAGCGCACAAUCAGAAAAGAUCUGGUCUACACAUGUCGAGAUAAUAAAGACUGCUUGAUUGACAAGCGACAACGAAACCGCUGCCAGUACUGUCGAUACCAAAAGUGCCUGGCAAUGGGCAUGAAGAGAGAAGCCGUUCAAGAAGAACGACAAAGAGGCAGAGAAAAGAGCGAUACAGAAGCAGAAUCCACAAGCAGCACAAGUGAGGAAAUGCCAGUGGAACGAAUUCUUGAAGCUGAACUUGCUGUUGAGCCAAAGAUCGAAGCAUUUGGUGACCCAAGCCUACCCAAUUCGACGAAUGAUCCUGUCACCAAUAUCUGCCAUGCAGCUGACAAACAACUUUUUACUUUAGUUGAAUGGGCCAAAAGAAUCCCACAUUUCUCAGAUUUGCCUUUAGAAGAUCAAGUCAUCCUACUACGAGCAGGAUGGAAUGAGUUGCUCAUAGCUUCCUUCUCCCACCGUUCAGUUUCAGUACAAGAUGGCAUUCUCCUUGCUACCGGUUUACAUGUUCACAGAAGCAGCGCGCACAAUGCAGGUGUAGGCUCCAUCUUUGACAGGGUGUUGACAGAACUUGUCUCCAAAAUGAAGGACAUGGGAAUGGAUAAAUCUGAGCUGGGCUGUCUACGAGCAAUUGUCUUAUUUAAUCCAGAUGCCAAGGGACUGUCUAAUUCUGCUGAGGUGGAAGCCUUGCGAGAAAAAGUCUACGCUACGUUGGAAGCAUACACCAAACAGAAAUAUCCAGAGCAACCAGGGAGGUUUGCAAAACUUCUUUUAAGGCUUCCUGCUCUGAGGUCUAUAGGUCUGAAGUGCCUGGAGCAUCUAUUCUUUUUCAAACUCAUCGGGGACACACCUAUUGACACAUUCCUUAUGGAAAUGCUGGAGACGCCCCACCAAAUUCCAUGAAGCCAUGACCUACAAUGUGGCUUGGAUUAUCAGACCCUUACUGGAGUGUUUACUACAUGUGAUAUUGAAAGCUUGUGGUAUCACAGAUAUGGGCCAGAGACAAGGAUGUUAAAAAUGCAUUAAGAUGAAUAUGGCAUUUUUGAUGGACAAGCUAGUUUUAACUUUACAGAUCAUAUGGUGCAAUCCAUGUGCUGCUCCUAAAAUGAGUUAAAAGCUGAAAAUUGAAAUGCAUUUUUUUAAAAAAAGAAAAAAAAAAGAAAAAAGUCAUGUAAAUACUUGUGGUGGCUUGUGAAAUGCUACAACUUACAAAGUGAUCCAUAUAAUAACUGAAAAUAACUAUAAUUUUGCUUUUGAUUCAAUUGAACAAGAUAUAUAUACUGGCCACCGAAGAACUUUCAAAACAUUAAAAAUAUAAAUAAAAAGGUUUAUUGAGAGGUU